UUUUUUAAUCUUUCCUUUCAUCGAUCUACUAUGGGAAAAGAAAAGAAGGCCACUAUCAAGUUCCAAAAGAACAAGCUCAAGGGCGUUGUUAAGCGUAGAAAAGAAAACAAUAAAUUCAAGAAACAAAUUGCAAAGCGUCAGGCACGUCGUACCGGUAACAGAAACCCACAUAAAGAUCCUCAAGAGGAAACAGAACAAGAGAAAAAGCCAGAAGCACCAGUGGAAGAAGUGCCUCAAGUCAACACCGAAGAUUAUUUCUGCAACUUUGUCAUUGAUGCUGAGGAACCUUUAGAAUUAAGCGAUGAUGAAGAAGAAGAUUUAGACGCUUUAGACGAUUUCGAAGCCCUUGCUAACAAGGAAGAAUGUAUUGUUGAAGAAGGAUUAGAUCAAACCAUGUCUGAAGAUGAAGAAGAUGAAGAAGAUGAAGAAGACGAAGAAGAUGAAGAAGAUGGAGACGAAGCGAUGGAAGAUCAAGAGACAGAUGACGAUGCUCAAAUUGUUACUAUGGACAUGUUGAACGCAUGGUCUAUGGAAGCCAACAGAAAAUCACCAUCUGCUUGGAAAAAGUUAUUACUGGCUUUUCGAUCUAUUGUCAGAUCAGAUGAAGAUACACCUAAAAAGUUCACUUAUCGCAUAGAAAGCAGCAAAGUCUACACUAAACUUGUUCGAAAUACACUCCUUGUUGCUCAUCCCAUCUUGAGUCAACACAUUUAUUUUUUGAAAAAAGAGAAAUACCCAGGAAAGACUAAAAACUGGCCCAAGUUGGAAAAAGCAAUUCAGUGCUUCCUUAACAAUUGUGUUCGAUUCCUUCGUGAAUUACCUCAAGAUGACAUGAUUCAAUAUGUAUUGGAGAAAUUAGAGCCAUGCGUAUUGUAUUUUGGCUGUUUCCCUAAACUCUCUAGAGAAUAUCUUCGGGUCUUGUUGGAUCGUUGGUCUGAUGUUGUACUCUCUGAAGAAACACGUAACCAAUGCUAUAAAGCACUUCAUCAUUUUGGCACCACAGCCAUUGAUGCUAACCGCAAAAACUACAUGCCUAAUGUACUGAAAGGUGUCUAUCUUAUCUUUGCCAACCGUGCCACUAAAAUCAACCAGACCAGUUUGCCCUUGAUCCAACAAAUGGCAGAAGAAGCAGGCGAUAUCUAUACAGUCGAACCUCAACUGAGUUAUGAACAUGCCAGUGUCUAUAUUCGCCAACUCGCAGAUCAUCUAAAGAAGGCCAAAAAAGACAACACAGCAGAGAGCUUUAAAAAGAUCUAUACAUGGCAGUUUGUGAGUUGUCUUGAUUUCUGGGCAAGUGCUGUCAGUGCUACAUGCGACCCUUCUGCAGGUGAAGCAUCCCCUAUGCAGGCCAUUGUACACCCUCUUGUUGAAGUUGCCUUACACACCAUGCGUUUGAAUCCCACUGCACAAUUCUUGCCUUUACGUAUUCACCUUGUUCGUGCCUUGAUAGGACUCAUGGAUGCUACAGGGUAUUAUAUUCCUCUUGCACCUUAUUUAUUUGAAAUCUUGUCGAGUGAUGUAUUCAAAUCCCAGCUUGUUUCUUCUGAUCUAGAAGAGUUUGAUUGGAGUCUCCAUCUCAAGACACCCAAGAGUUAUUUGCAAACCAAAGAAUACCAAAAUGCUGUCUAUCAUGUCAUGUAUGACUGUCUUGUUGACUUUUAUGCGUGUGUUGGUCUUUCUAUCGCAUUCCCUGAACUUGCUAUUCCUGCUAUUGAUAAGUUGAAAGAAUAUCAUAUUAAGAUGAAAGGUACUCGCUUUGUUAAGUCUAUGCGUACAUUGAUUGAGAAGAUGGAAACACACAAGAACUACAUUGAACAAAAGCGUGCUCCUAUUGAAUAUGCAGCCAACAAACUAGAAGAAGCCAAUGCUUUCUUAAGAACAACUGAUUUCCAAACAACACCUCUUGGUCACUUUUUAAAGAAAAGAAGCGAACAAUCAUAAACAGAAUU